ACUUACAUUUUCCCCAUUCAAACUUGUUUCUUCAAUAUAUUCACUGCCCAACAACAAUAGCUAGAACACAUCCAUCACUUUGCCUUGUUGUAUACAAAAAAACUCCUGCAAACAACCAAUUUUUUUUUAUAAAAACUUUUUUCGUCGCGACGAAUCAAGUUACAAGAUGAAGAUGAGCACCACCAACAACAACAACAGAAUGGGAAGUUCCAAGAAGAAGUUGAUUUCAAGUAGAGGACUUGGAAGAGUCCUUAGAGAACAAAGAGCUAAGCUUUACAUAAUUAGGAGAUGUGUAGUUAUGCUUCUUUGUUGGAAUGAUUGAAAUUAAUUCAUUCAACAAAAUUGGCUUAUGGGCUUAUAGGGUACUUAUCAAUUGUCCAUAUAUAGUACAAAGAAAUAGUGUAUGUUAGAUUAUUUUUUUUUUUGAGAAUUUUGUAUACUAAAUUUAGGUCCUUGAGGCCUCUUGUAUACAUUGAAUAGGUUCAAUCAAAGACAAUACUAUUAGUUCUGAAUUUUGAUUGAAGAUUUUGAGUACAAGUA